GAACACAUAUGGAGGUGGUCAAAGAUGCUAGCUGCAAUUUUCCUCUCCAUCCAUCAUGGGAUCAUCAAUCAUCACCACUAAACGCUUCUUUAAUCGUAGAUGCCGCGGCAUGGAAUUGAGCAGCUACAACCAUCAAUAAAUCCCCUCCAUUUCUCCAAUUAUUCACUCAUCAAUGCAAUGGGUUCUCUGCAAGAGACUCAGCUGCCCGAGUUCGAGUUCUUGAGCAAGACGACUUACAUCCCGCCUUCGUGGGCAGCACAUCUCAAUCCCACGCCUUCUCACGUCUUCUCGCUCGGACAUUUUCCAACUCCAAUUCACAAGUGGAACCUUCCCAACCUGCCCAACAACACCGAGGUUUAUGUCAAGCGCGAUGAUCUUUCAGGAAUGCAGCUGAGUGGUAACAAGGUGAGGAAGCUCGAGUUCUUGGCGGCGGAGGCGGUGGUGAAGGGGGCGGACUGUGUCAUAACCAUCGGCGGCGUGCAGAGCAAUCACUGCCGCGCCACCGCAGUGGCGGCCAAGUAUUUGAAUCUCGACUGUUAUCUCAUACUGCGCACUUCCAAGGAUGAAGUGAACAAAGAUCCCGGCUUGGGUGGAAACCUUUUAGUCGAACGUCUGGCUGGAGCACGUAUCGAGCUCGUCUCAGAAGAAGACUAUUAUAGAAUUGGUCGUGAUGAACUCACAAACAUAUUAAAAAAGAAGUUGCUGAGUGAAGGGAGAAAGCCUUAUGUCAUUCCUAUGGGUGGAUCAACUUCUUUGGCAACUUGGGGCUAUAUUGAAGCAGUGAGAGAGAUCCAACAGCAGCUAAUCACGAAAGGGAAUGUUGGAGCAACAUUUGAUGACAUUGUUGUAGCAUGUGGAAGUGGAUGCACGGCUGCUGGUCUAGCGCUUGGCUCUCGACUCAGCUGUCUAGGAGCUCAAGUACAUGCAUACUCAUCUUGGGGAGACCCCGAUUACUUCUACGACUAUGCUCAAGGCCUGCUCGAUGGACUUGAAGCCGCCCUUAAAGCUACAGACAUACUCCACAUAAAAGAUGUAUACAUUAUCAUUAUUGCCAAAGGCCUCGGCUAUGCUAUAAAUACAAAAGAGGAGCUCAUUUUUUUGAAACAAAUUGCUGAAGAAACUGGCAUAAUUCUUGAUCCUGUCUACAGUGGAAAGGCUGCUUACCAGAUGAUGAGAGACAUGGCGGCUGAUCCUACCAAGUGGGAAGGGAGGAAAGUCCUCUUCAUACACACCGGUGGUCUGCUCAGCUUGUUCGACAAAGCCGACGCAGUUGCCCCGUUGCUCGGAAACUGGCGGAGAAUGGAUAUUCCGGGAUAAUACUUGCGGCUUUCUCCUAGUUUUGAAUAAACAAAAAAAAAAGAGCGUUUUGUCUUGUGUCUUGCAUUUGCUGCUGGUUUAUUGUUUGAUGAGUGAACCACGACUCUUUCGGCCUUUGAGAGCAGAGAUUGUCAAAUUAUUUGCAGUGAAUUAAUAUGAGUCUAUCAUGUCACGUUUCUGUUAAAAAGGUGUGAAUGAGAUCAACCCCUGACUCAGAUUACAUGAA